CGACGUAACAGACCUUGCACUCCUGCGCUAACUUAGGUUGUACAAAUUGCGCGGUUUUUUGGUUUUUAGUGUAAUUUUGCAUAUUUUUGACUAGUUUCAACUUAUAAUGGCCCCAUUAUAUUUUCCAGUCUGUAAAUUACCCAUUUAACUACUCGAGGGCUUACUUUGUACCUGAUUAUUGGACCCAAUAUUUUGCAAAAUGCAGAAAAACCUUCUAAAUUUCUUUACACGUUCCCCUAAGCCUUUAUCUGAAACUUCAAACAAAGUGUGCCCAGAAGCUGUGAAAAGCCCAAAUUCUUCAGCCGUGUACAAAAAAUCAUCUACUGCAUAUGGCGAAACUGUGUCUAGUCCUAGCAAUUUAUCCGCUGGCAAAAGACGACGGGUCAUCAUCGAGUCCAGUGAUGACGAGUGCGACGUUUCUAUGGCGUCGACAGGUACAAAAGAGGCCGGAAACAAACAUGAUCUGUCAAAUUAUUCAUUCUCCCCACAGUCAGUUAAACAGUUUGACAAAAAAAGAGACAAAACGACAGACAAAUCUCUUCUGGAGAUAAGUGGAGCUGAGCUUGAAAGCGAAGCCUUUGAAGAUGAGAAUGCUUCAUGGACUCACUUGAGUCUUCCAUUUUUGGAACCCUCUAAAAUUAAAGAUAUCAAUGGUCGGAGACCUGAUCACCCCGACUAUGAUCCACACACAUUAUAUGUCCCUGAAGAAUUUAAGACCAAACAAACUCCUGGUAUGCGCCAGUGGUGGGAAUUAAAGUCCCGAUACACCGACGUAAUUCUGUUUUUUAAGGUUGGGAAGUUUUAUGAAAUGUAUCACAUGGAUGCCAUGAUUGGUGUGAAAGAGCUUGGUUUGGUGUUUAUGAGGGGGAGCUUUGCGCAUUGCGGAUUUCCUGAAGUCGCCUUCCCUCGUAUGGCCGAUCAACUUGUCCGUAAAGGCUAUAAGAUUGCUCGCGUUGAACAAACAGAGUCAAUCGAUGCUAUGACUGAACGAUGUAAAGGAAAAUCUUCAAGUGAAAAAGUUGUGCGAAGAGAAGUAUGUCAACUUAUCACCCCAGGUACUUGCACGGCCAGUACGCGAUCGGAGAUAUCUGAUGUGAAGUCGCUAGUGAUUGGUGACGCUGAAGCUGACGACGAAAGUUUUAGAGACCUAGUAAAUUCUGCUUGUCCUGAUUCGUUUCUACUCGCUGUCGUAGAAUCACAGGGUAAUGAAAGCCAUCCUUUUGCUUUCGGAAUAGGUCUAUUAAAUGCAUCUACUGGUAAGAUCAAUAUUGGUCAGUUUUUAGAUGAUCGUCACUAUUCCCGACUGCGUACGUUUUUAUCCCACUAUCCUCCUAAUCAGUUACUUAUCGAACGUGGAGCUUCAGGAUCAGCUAUAAAGUCUUUGAUAAAAACUUCUCUUUCAUGUGUUCCAACUGAGUUCCUCACCCCAACGAAACAGUUUUGGAGUGCAAGGAACACUGUCGAGGAGCUGGAGACAGCUGAUUAUUUCCCAAAACGGAUGUCUAAUAUCACCGUUGAUUCAAACCGUAUCUCUGAAGUGUCUUCGUUUCCUGAAAAAGAAAAUUGGCCAAAUGCUCUUCUAAAUAUGUUAUCUGAAGGUUCGUUACAAUAUGUGUAG